AAGCUCAUUAUAUCUACCUUGUAACCUGAAGAGAAAAGGCGUAAGUUUGAUAUUAGAAUUUAUCGACUGUUUUUCCAUUGCUGAAUACAGACUCGCUAAAGAUUGCAGAAUGAGCGAAGAUGACAUUAGCAACAAUGUGAGCAACGAUAGUCUAGUGCAAAAUGAGAGUUCAACACCUGAUCAACAAACAAGUGAGCCACAACAACAACAACAGGCAUUUUCAUGGGCUGGUGUGAUAAAAGGCAUAGUUAUUAGAGCUCUGAUAAUUUAUUUUAUCACCAGUUUUUUCCGUCGACCCCAGACAAGUCCAGAUAAGUCUUUUCCUAGCUCACCCAGCACAGCAUCUUCCAAUAUCUUCAACAAUGGAACUGUUAUGGAUAUGUAUAUCUAUGUUAGUGAAGAUGAAAAUCAGCCAGUAUUCAACAAUUCUGAACAGUUGGUGUGGUUAGAGAAAGGAUUAGUGUAUGGUGACUGGUAUGGAGGAUCUAAUGGUGAUGGGACUUCUACACAUGAAACAAAAAUUGUGGCUUCCAGUAAGCUACAGAACAAUGGAAGUCUGUGGCUUCAUGUAUAUAUUGUGAAGAGUGGGAGAUCUCCAGACCCAUCAGAAAAAACACACUCCAGGAUUUAUACUGUUUACAAAAAGAAACGUCUGAACAAGUUCAAGAAACUUCGUUAUCAACGAACCCACAACCUUCUGACUGGUGAAACUGCUCUUGAUCCAGAACUUGUAAAGAAAUCAGAGAAAAACACCGAAGAGAUACUCUCACAUUGGCAUCCAAAUAUAACAAUAAAUAUAAUAGAUGACCAUACAGCUUGGGUUCAAGGACACGUUCCACCUCCAUUGGAUGAAUUUAUUGACUUUGAGCCAACUACUGGCAAGUACUAUCCUGUGGUCUUCUUGAAUGAUUAUUGGAAUCUUAUGAGAGAAUACCAGCCUAUCAAUAAAACAACAAAAUAUCUUUCAUUGCGUCUUACUUACCAACCAUUGUCCCUGUUUCGCUGGCAGUUAUAUGCUGCUCAAACCAUGAGGUCUCGCUGGACAUCUGUCUUGGGUCAAAAUUUGAUGGAAGAAUCUGAUGAGGAACAAGACACCAUGAAAGAAACAUUUUUAGAGACAUCCCCAUACUUACUAGGCAUAACCAUUAUAGUUUCUUUAUUUCACAGUGUCUUUGAGUUUCUUGCAUUUAAAAAUGAUAUUCAGUUUUGGAAGAACAGAAAAUCUCUUGAAGGCUUGUCAGUGAGAUCUAUCUUUUUCAAUGUAUUCCAAUCAGUUGUGGUGUUGCUGUAUGUACUUGACAAUGACACCAAUACCUUGGUAAAAAUAUCAGUAUUUAUUGGAUUGGUCAUAGAGAUAUGGAAGAUUCAUAAGGUUGUAAAUGUCCAAAUAAAGAGGGAUCAGAAGAUUUUUGGAAUUCUGCCUAAAAUAACAUUUACUGACAAAGGAUCAUACGUUGAAUCUUCUACUAAAGAUUAUGAUAUUCUUGCUUUCAAGUACCUGUCAUGGCUACUGUUUCCUCUCCUUGGAUGCUACUUUAUUUAUUCCUUGAUCUAUUUGGAGCAUAGAGGAUGGUAUUCUUUUACUUUAAAUAUGAUGUAUGGCUUCUUACUCACAUUUGGAUUCAUUAUGAUGACCCCUCAGCUGUUUAUCAAUUACAAGCUCAAGUCUGUAGCACAUCUUCCCUGGCGAAUGUUGACUUACAAGUUUCUUAACACAUUCAUUGAUGAUAUAUUUGCAUUCGUUAUCAAGAUGCCUACAAUGUAUCGAUUGGGUUGUUUUAGAGAUGACAUCGUGUUCCUUAUAUUCUUGUAUCAGAGAUGGAUUUAUCGUGUAGAUCCAAAAAGAGUCAAUGAAUUUGGAAUAAGUGGAGAGAUGCAUGAGCAAGAUGGCAACACAGCAAAUGGAGCAGUUGUUACUUCAGAAGAAGCUGGCAAUUCAAUUGAGGAGAAGAAAAAGAAUUAACAUUUUAUCAAGAAUUAGCUUUGACAUCUUAAGUUUGCUGUCUUUGUGUGAAUUAAAGCAUGCAGGUGGAACUUUUUUUCAAAUAAGUUUAGAAAUUAUGAUAGGAUAUGCAAGAACUUGAAACUUUUAUUAGAUAAAUUCAUGACAAAAAAUAUAUGUUUUUAAAUAUAUUGUUAUUCAUUUGUUUAAGCUAUAUACAUACAUUUCCCAAAGUGAGGUAGGCCAACAUUAAACGAUUUAGUUAAAAAAAGGAAGUGUAAAUUAUUGUUUUCUUUGUAAUAGACAUUGUAAGUUUUAGGCAUCAUUUUUUUUAAAUAUUGUGUAUUUAAUUGUGAUUAACUCUUAAUUUUCAAGAGAUAAUAUUAAAAGCUGAUUAACAUCA